AGAAAGGAGGAACAGAAGGAGGGAAUGAACAAAGAUGAGCGAAAGGGGGGGUGGAAGUGUACGGGAAAAGGAAGAAGGAAGGAAAGAAGGAAAUGGAAGGAAAAUGAAGGAAUGAACAAAUGUGAGCAAAAGCGAGGAAUGGAAGUGUAGGAAAGAGAGGAGGAAAGAAAGAAGAGAGGAAGGAACCUAGGGAGGAAGGCAGAAAGGGAACGAACUAAUUCAUUUUCACACCGUCGCUCCUGUUCCGUGCAGGCUCGCUGUGCCGCGCGAGGGUCGUCAGUAGCCUACACUCAUUACAUCACACGCGGCCACAUUCUUCAACACGGUGAGAUUUAACGUUACCGGCGGUCUGUCCCGCGCCUGAAACGCAGCGUUUUUCCAAGCAAACUACAGACACGCACCCAGCCCGGCAUCACCGGCACCGAGUCCGCCGACCGGCACCCGAGGGGAGACGAAAGACGCGCGCAGCACCUACCGCACAUUCCGAGCGAGGACCAUGGAGAGCGCAAGCAACGGCUCGGACGCGGAUUACCGGAGCCAGCUGCCCGUGCUUUACAACAACAGCAGCUUCUGUCGAAACUUCACCGAUGGCAACAACACCGCGAGCUUCGCGGAGGCGCGAUGCGACGGGGAUCGCGGACUGACCGGCAGCCUGGACGGUGAGGCCAACCCGGUUAUCAUAGCGAUUGUCAUCACCGCUCUCUACUCCAUAGUGUGCGUGGUGGGGCUGGUUGGAAACGUGCUGGUUAUGUAUAUCAUCGUCAGAUACACUAAAAUGAAGACGGCCACCAACAUCUACAUCUUCAACCUCGCUCUGGCUGACGCCUUGGUCACCAGCACGCUACCAUUCCAGAGUGUCAACUACCUGAUGGGGACCUGGCCAUUUGGGGACGCGCUGUGCAAGAUGGUGAUGUCCAUCGACUACUAUAACAUGUUCACCUCUAUCUUCACUCUCACCACCAUGAGCAUCGACCGCUACGUCGCUGUGUGCCACCCAGUCAAAGCGCUGGACUUCAGGACACCGCAUAAUGCCAAGAUAGUCAACGUUUGUAACUGGAUUCUCUCCUCUGCCAUCGGGCUGCCUGUCAUGUUCAUGGCCUCCACUGCCGUCACUCCCUCCAGCAUUGUUGACUGCAAGCUGAUUUUCCCCCACCCCUCCUGGUACUGGGACACCCUGCUGAAGAUCUGCGUGUUCAUCUUUGCCUUCAUCAUGCCCGUCCUGAUCAUCACUGUCUGCUAUGGCCUUAUGAUCCUGCGGCUCAAGAGUGUGCGGAUGCUGUCGGGCUCCCAGGAGAAGGACAGGAACCUGCGUCGGAUCACCCGCAUGGUCCUGGUGGUGGUUGCCGUCUUCAUCGUAUGUUGGACGCCUAUCCACAUCUUUGUCAUCAUCACAGCUCUGAUCAAUAUCCCCAGCUCUACCCUGCAGACUAUCACCUGGCACUUCUGCAUUGCCCUGGGCUACACCAACAGUAGUCUGAACCCAGUUCUUUAUGGUUACCUGGAUGAGAACUUCAAGCGUUGUUUCCGUGAGUUCUGCACCCCAAGUCCCUCAAUGUUGGAGAUGCAGAACUCGUCCCGGACCGGAGCCACUAGCCGCAAGCUCCCGCAGCGUGAACACAACAGUGCAAACACAGGAGAAAGGUCCAAUCAACAGGUAUGACUAGCCUUGGAGGGGUCGUCGGUGGACUCACACUGUUGUGGCGGCGUUGCCAACGACGAUCUCAAUUCAGAGGACACGCAGGUCACCACAGGGCUCUGACCACAGAAACACAAACCACACUUAUACAAAAAAACAAUUCAGGACACGACUGAGACUCAAUAGCACAGACCAUUUUGACGAUGUUGCAAGCUUAACUGCAGCGUUGCAUCAGGUCAGGCCAUUCACCUGCCAAUCAGUCUAACUGUUACUAACUGCAUGGCUGUGCAAGGCUUUUACUCUUACUGCAAGUGAUACAGAAAUGGGUCAGGCUAGACUAAACAGAAAACCAAGCAUCGUUACAAUACCAUGGCCUCCUAACAGAAGAAGUUGUUGCACUAAGUUGUGCAUUAAUGCUAUUACAGCUUUACAAAAUGAUCUAGUUUUCCAUAAUGUUAUUAGUACUAUGAGAAUAUAGACUAUACAGAAUGAAUAUGUGCAGUAAAGAAAGACAGAUGUUCAGACAGAGCUAUAAAAGCCACUUACACAAAACACUCAUGUUUCUGUCUGCUCUGUACAAAGCUGCCUCAUUGGUCUAAGCCUCCUCUCCUAACCCUCAUCCUAUCACUAAUUCGCUACAUUGUAAAAAAAGAUCAAUGAAUUGUCUUAUGUUUGCAGAGUUCAUAUGACUUGAGGCCAAUCUGUCAUUUUUCCUCCUGAUGUUUUCUUUUUGAAUUGUUUGCACAUGUGAGAGGACAGUGUAAAUUGUAGGAAAUGUGAAUUUAUGGCGGUUACUGAACGGUACAGGAUCUACUACUGAACUGUUAACUGAAUGCCCUCUGUUGCGAUUUACUGCCCCCUCUGUCUUUGUUCUUUCCUUUCCUUUCCUUCUCCUACUGUUUAAAUUUUGUCUCUGUAAAUAAGUUUUCUACCCUGUUGCUGAACUUUAACCAUUAAGUAGACAUAAAGCAGAGCACUGUAUGUUCUCUCUGCUGAAUUUGACAAACUUUUGAAUGUACAGAAGGGAAACCAGCUGUGUUUAUCACACUGGAUCCUUGUGCGGAACUGUGGAUCCUCUAAACCAGCAAAGAAGAUGCAUCAGCACUGUUUGCACAGCACACAGAGCAUUAUGCUAUUGUGGCAUAUAGUGCAAACAUAUGGUACUACCAGUGUAUGAUUUACUACAUUUUAACAGCCAUUACACCAGAUAGGCUAUGGGAUGAAAUGGAGUCACUUCUCGUCUGGAGAAGUUAACAAGUGAGCCAAGCAGGAUUGUACAUCUGUCGUAAUCUUUAGAAUUGCUUGUGCUUACGUGUUGUGCUGUAUGCUAUACUUGGCAGUUGCCUUUACAGUAGUUCUUCUUGAUAUUCUGUGUACCAGUAUUUUUUUCAACGAUCUGUAAAGAAAGAACAUGAUUGUAUUAAUCUCCCAUGUAAAAUACUGUAAGUAUUCUGUUGCUUUUUUAUAAACAUGAAAAUUGCCAGAAAAUUAUUUCUGAAGAUGAUGGUGGUCCAAGUCAAAUAUAACUUCUAAAUGCACCUUUUGUCUUAUUGAACCUGCCUUGUUAACUUAAGAGACGUAUAUUAAUCAUAAAACAAUGCGUGUAAAACCUUAAUUGUGAAUUCAAAAAUGUAUGCAGUUUAACUUUUUUUUGACUGAAAACGCAUGUGUCACGAUGUCAUGUUGUAUAUACAGUCAGUCUAUUUUUGGUAUCACUGCUUUGAGUACUUUUUGAAUGAAUAUUCAGUAGAUUGUUAUUAUUUCCAGUCUUUCAGGCCACCAGCUACCACAACAUAAUUAGGCUACAGUUUAAAAACACGUGGCCAAAUUGUUUAAGAUUAAAAUAUUACUUAUCUCAAAAACAGCAGCUGAAUUUGGGGCAUCGAGUGUCACAUGCUGUAUUUCAUGCACAAAGUGUUUAUUGUGUGACAAAGUGUACACUAUGUUUCAUCUGACAAAACACAUUAUGUGCACAAAACAAAUGUUGAGGAGCUAGUUGUCACCUUGUUAAGCAGUGUAAUGCAUUUUAGGGCCAAGAAUGCAGACAAGGAAAUUAUUUGGCACAUGUGUGACUCAGUAGUAAACAUACCUAACACACACCUAACAAACAAGAAGGUCCUGGGUUUGAACCCGACUCCGCCUUUCUGUGGUGUUUUCAUGUUCUCACCACGUUCAUGUUUUCUCUGGUUUCCUCCCACAGUUCUAAGAAUGCAGGUUAUGUGAAUAGGAAACUUAGAUAAAAUGCCCAAGGCUGUGAGAAUGAAUGUGCAAUCGUUAGCAUGCCUGGCUACCUAGCUUACUACAGUAGCAACUGUAGUAAAAUAGUCCUGGUUAUGAUAUUUAUUCAUCAUGAGAUAAAGAAAAUGAACAUAACACACACUGUCUGGCACAAAAAAUUAAACUAAUUAAAUUAAUCUAAUUAAUAUCAUUAAUCUAAUCUGUACCAUUAAAACACAUUGCAGCAGAUGACACUUGGUGCACCAUACAGAAUAUACUCUUGAAGGUAAAUUUAAAUCAAAUAAAUAUGAUGAUGUCCAUGAUCUGUAUACAUGGCGCCUCUUUGUUAUCAUUUGCUUGUUUACCUGAUUUAAGACUCACUAUCCUGACUUAACUUGUAUUCUUGUCUUGAAAUGACAUUUCUUGUAAUCUAGUGUGCAAUUUCUACUUUAUGGACAACACUCUGUAACACAAUACAUAUAGUUUUACUGUUAAUCAAUGCAAUCCUUUUUUUUUCUUGCAUCUGAAUAAAGUAAUCUUCUGCA